UGGGCUGGUUACGUCCUGCUGGUUCAUUGCAUUUAAUCGGAUUCCCUGAGCUGCCACGCAGAGGGGGAGAGUUAGAACCAGAUCCAUCUAUGAUGUUUGCUUCAAAAUCCAGUUCUGUAUCCCCUUCUCCGUCCAUGGAACAGGCAGAUUCGGAUGCUCUGGACAUCAGCACCAAAGUGCAGCUGUACGGUGUGCUCUGGAAGAGACCCUUUGGGAGGCAGUCGGCCAAAUGGUCCAGGAGGUUCUUCAUCAUUAAGGAAAGUUUCCUGCUGUACUAUGCUGAGAGUGAGAAGAAGAAUUUUGAAAGCAAUAAAUACUUCAAUAUUCAUCCCAAGGGUGUCAUUCCCCUGGGAGGCUGCAUUGUGGAGCCCAAAGAAGAGGCCAACAUGCCUUAUGCCAUAAAGAUAUCUCAUGAAGACUUCCAUGGUAACAUUGUUCUAGCAGCCGAAUCAGAAUUUGAGCAGGCUCAGUGGCUGGAGAUGCUACAGGAGUCUGGAAAAGUGACCUGGAAGAAUGCCCAGCUGGGAGAAGCCAUGAUCGAGAGCCUGGAAGCUCAAGGACUACAGCUGGCCAAGGAGAAACAGGAAUAUUUAGAUAAAUUAAUGGAAGAAACAGAAGAGCUAUGUCUGCAGAGGGAGCAAAAAGAGGAACUGGAGCGUCUGAACCAGAUSCUGGAAGCAGAGAAGCAGCGUUUUGAAGAGGUGGUGCGGGAGCUGCGGCUGGAGCAGGAGGAGAUCAGRCGGGAGCUGGAGCUCACAGCCCGCUCCCUUAAAGGAGUGGAGGAAGAAAAGAAAGAGUUGCGAAGUCUGACACAGUCCUUACAGAACACCCUAGAGGAGCUCUCCCUGGAAAAACAACAAAUGCUGGAGAUGCUGGAAGAAAAUGAGAAUCAGGUCCCACCUCCAACCAGCUCCAGCAAGGAGCAAAGCCCCAUCUGGGGACUGCAGUGCAGCCUGCGGCAGAUUGAAGAGAAGAUGCAGCAACUUCUGCAGGAGAAACUCCUGGCAGAGAAAAGGAUGAAGGAGAAUGAGGAGCGGUCCCGAGCACUGGAGGAGGAGCGGGAGUUUUACUCUUCCCAGUCGCAAGCGCUGCAGAAUUCACUCUCGGAGCUGACUGCAGAGAAGCAGCAGGCAGAGAGAGACCUCAAGGCUGAGGUGAAGGUACGCAUGGAUCUGGAGAGGAGACUGAGAGAAGCAGAGGAAGCAUUGCAGAGCUUGGAGCAAGGCUUAAAUUCUCUUGGUUGCAACAAGGAGAAAGAGAAGAAGAUGAAAGCAGAUGUCAGCAACUUGAGAAAGUUCUUUGAAGAGUGCAUCCGCAACGCUGAGCUGGAGGCCAAGAUGCCCGUGAUCAUGAAGAACUCGGUGUACAUCCACAAGGCUGCCACUCGCCGCAUAAAGAGCUGCCGCUUCCGCUGCCGGAGAACCAGUGCUUCAUGGAAUGACAUGAAACAGUCCCAGUCCUUCAUCUUCUCACAUGCAGAAGCUGAAAACAUUGAGGAGYUGAAAGAAGCAGCCAAAAGACUGAGCCGGGACCAGCGCUUUAGGAAAACUAUCUAUCAAAUCAUGAGGUCACAAAAGGAUUCUGCUUCAGGGGACAAAAAGUGACUCUUCUUGGGAGGGGGCAUCUGAGCUCAACUUGCCAUUCAGCUCUGCAGAAGUUACAGCCUCGGGCACUGGGGUCAGAAGGGAGAUCUGGCAUUUGGUGGGGAAGGUGGGGGAAAAUUGUGUGUAGGCAAUCCCUUCAGUUACUGGCUUUGCUUUAGUUUGAGUGCUCCCUGCAGCCUGGCAGACCUUCUCUGCUGGUCACUCCAGACCUGUUUGCUUCAGCUGCUUAAGUUAAGCCAUGUUUUGCCAAGAUGCCACAGUUGGUGUUAAAGUGAACCACAGAUUGUAGCUUAGGAAGUGCCUCUUCUUUCCUUCCCUGUCAAGUCUGUCUGCCAGACACAAGUGCUUCUGAGAAAACCCUUUAUCAGCCUGUGUUCCAGCUCGUGUAACUUCCUCAGCUGAACACAGCUCACCCUGUUCUGACUGAUCCUCUCUAGGAGAUGGCUUGCUGCACACCCUCAGUCAGUCAGCACUUUGGUGGGGCACAUUACUUGGAGACUGCAGCAAUCCCAGCCUCCCAAGCACAGGCAAAAGUAUCAAACACAGGGCAACUUCUUGUCUUGAUGCURGGUCAUUUCAAGCAAACAGCAGCAACACAAGGUGAAGACAACAGGAGGAUGCUGUGGAUUUGGGUCCAAGGAGGAUCAUGCACAGAGAAGCGCUUAUAGGUAACUCAGUGGCACUGCUGCAAGCUGGAGGGUGGGCUGUGUUGAAUGUGGGCAGAAUAUUCCAGGGCCACCUUUGCACAGUUUUUGCACUGGSACAUGUAGCUGUACUGGAACAGGGGAAUAUGUGCUAGAAAAGGUGUUGUCUAUUGGCUAUCUAUUCAUUGGUGYGAAGAAGCUUUGACUCAGCUCUGAUGGCUUCCUCARCAYCUCUGUGAAACAAGCUGGAGGGCARUAGGGUGAGGACUGUCCAGCAGCAAAAUCCACUACCACCUCAAGAAUUAAACAUUUCCAGCAGCAAGCUGUCAGAGCUGUGGAAAUGGGGAAAGCCAUCUCUGUAUGUGCUGCAGUGGCUGAGGCUUUGUAGCACUCUUUUCCAGUCCUCUUGAUUGCAAUCCAAGCUGUCUG